AAUGGUAGCAAUACGCAAGACAGAGUCUAGUCUGCCGGAAACGCACAAGGAGAAGAAGGAGAGCGGGACGAAAGAAGCGGUUGCUAUGGCCGACAUGUUUCCAUGUCAACAAUAAAUGGACCAAGCUUCUCCUGAUAAACUAGCCAGAGGUAAGUAGCUAGCUAGGUUAUCUAGCUAGCUAUUUAGUUAACUUGCUAUCCAUAAUCAAGUACAUCUCAAAGAAGAAUGGCUCAUAACGGCGUACAAUGGUUGCAACUCUUUCAUGAACUUGCAGCAUUGCAUUGCAACUAAGAGAACGUUAGUGAGAAGAAGGAGAGGGGAAUGGCAGAGACGACAGAGAGCAAGAAGGAGGAGGCUGAUUACAAGAGGCUCCACAGCUUCCCACUCAUCAGGCACACAGACAUGCCAGAGGAGAUGAGAGUGGAAACGAUGGAAUUGUGUGUCACAGCCUGUGAGAAGUUUGCCACCAACAAUGAGAAUGCGGCGAAGAUGAUCAAGGAGUCGAUGGAUAAAAAGUUUGGCAGCUCGUGGCACGUGGUGAUCGGGGAGGGCUUUGGCUUCGAGGUGACACACGAGGUCAAGAACCUGCUCUACAUGUUCUUUGGAGGCAGCCUGGCCGUGUGUGUGUGGAAGUGCGCUUAGCACACACACAAAACACACACAGGCUACACACACACCCCUCCCAUCCAGUCUGUCUCUACCUAACAAGUGUAUUUAUAUAUUUAUAUACACAUCCUGGAUGAUUCACCCAUCUCUGAGCUAUGCAGUCUUUUUCUUUGUCAUUUACUGAUCGUGUAUGUGUGGUGGGAAGGGAGGGUGUGUGUGUGUGUGUGUGUGUGUGUGUGUGUGUGUGUGUGUGUGUACGUGUGUGUACGUGUGUGUACAUGUGUUUGCGAGCGUGUGUGAUGUCCCUUACGUCGUUGAUUGAUUAGGCUAAGUCAUUUCUUGAUAUAUUGUAUUCAAUAUCAGCAUGUCACACUCUUGCCUUGUGUGUGCACAUACAGUAUGAAAAUGACCAAGUCUUAUCUGUAUACAGAUGUGAUAGUUUCUACAGAACAGUGAGUUCACUGCAUGAAGGAGUCUGGUGUCUCUCCUACUAUCCUACUGAUGGAAUUCAGUGGGGCUGCAACACUCGCACUCACUUUCCCUAUUACUUUCUGCUCUACUUCUUUAACUCGAGGUGGCGUGUGUGUUCUCAUCAUCUCCUCAUGCUCACCUUUGAAAGAAAAAAAAAUGCAUCCAGCUCCAUGUCUUUCCUCCACACCGCCUGUACGUUGGCACACUGUCGUCUCGGUGGGCUGCCAUGCCAUCUGCUGAAAAACAUCCUUACACAAGCACACACUCUCUCUCAGUCUCUCUUAUUGCUCUCAAUUCACACUAUCUCUGUUUCUCUAAUCCUCUCUCUAGAUUCUUGUUGCUCUCAAUUCACACAAUCUCUGUUCUCCAAUCCUCUCUAGAUAUUUUUUUUGUUUAUCUCCGUCUUUAGUAGUAUAGCUUUAGUCUUCACCUUUCAGACAUGAGUCCCAUAAGCCACCCAUGUCAGUGUCUCUACUCCUCCUAUAACUGAUAAGAUAGCACAGGGACUUUUGUAUCCUCUCAAUGUACAGUUUAUACUUGAAUUUGAAUGUGAAGAUGGAAUCUGAUUUUGUAUAUGAUCGUCACGGGCUUUUUAUGAAAGAGCUUAUUGUUGAAAUAGUUAUUUUCUGUCACACCACUGUUAUAAGAAUGUCAUGGAUAGGUGUUGUUGUUCUGAAUUCUGUAUCACAACUGAUAUUACAUGAGCUAUUCUGACUCCCUAGGCCUAGGCAUUGCAUUUCAAUGAAUAUCAACUAGGCAUGCAGUCUCAUUGCCAGAUAGAAAACUUUAUGUUGUCAACUGUGGAUGUCACCAGGUACCAUAACACUGAUGCGUUGUAUUGUUGUUUUCACUUCAACACUGUGUGUUUGCAUAAAUUCAUUGCACAUGAAAUGAUUCCUGAAAGUGAUUAAAAAAAAAUGAAUUUUUUCAAA